GGCGCUCGCGGCCAGGGAGGCGCCCUGCCCCGAGCCGCCCACCCCCGGGGAUGAGCGAGCCGCGGCUCGGGGCGGGACCCUGGCGGGGGGACCCGAGCGGUCUCUAGGACCCGCGGGACGCCGCCGACGGGCGGGGGUGCGGGGGAGACAAUAAUUUGUUCGGCGGUAAUGAGAACGGUGACUGCUGGCCGUGGAUCCAUUUCACAGGCCUGCCUUCUCUCACUAACGCUCUUCCUCGUCCCCGGGCCAACUCGGACAGUUUGCUCAUUUAUUGCAACGGUCAAGGCUGGCUUGUGCCAGAACGGCGCGCGCGCGCGCACGCACACACACGGGGGGAAACUUUUUUAAAAAUGAAAGGCUAGACGAGCUCCGCGGCGGCGCGGGCGCUGCGCGAGGGCUCCGGAGCUGACUCGCCACGGCAGGAAAUCCCUCCGGUCGCGACGCCCGGCCCCGGCUCGGCGCCCGCGUGGGAUGGUGCAGCGCUCGCUGCCGGGCCCGAGAGCUGCUGCACGGAAGGCCGGCGACGAUGGCAGCGCGCCCGCCGCCCGUGCCCCCCGCCCGCGCCCUCCUGCUCGCCCUGGCCGGGGCUCUGCUCGCGCCCCGCGAGGCCCGAGGGGUGAGCUUAUGGGACCAAGGAGGAGCUGAUGAAGUUGUCAGUGUCUCUAUUUGGAGUGGAGACCUCUGGAUCCCAGAGAAGAGCUUCGACUCCAAGAAUCAUCCAGAAGUGCUGAAUAUUCGAAUACAACUGGAAAGCAAAGAACUGAUCAUAAAUCUGGAAAGAAAUGAAGGUCUCAUUGCCAGCAGUUUCACGGAAACCCACUAUCUGCAAGAUGGUACUGAUGUCUCCCUCGCUCGAAAUUACACGGGUCACUGUUACUACCACGGACAUGUACGGGGAUAUUCUGAUUCAACCGUCAGUCUCAGCACCUGUUCUGGUCUCAGGGGACUUAUUAUGUUUGAAAAUGAAACCUAUGUCUUAGAACCAAUGAAAAAUUCAACCAACAGAUACAAACUCUUCCCAGCAAAGAACCUGAAAAGCAUCUGGGGAUCAUGUGGAUCACAUCACAGCACAUCAAGCCUCACGGCAGAUCAUGUGUUCCCACCGCCCUCUCAGACAUGGGCCAGAAGGCAUAAAAGGGAGACCCUCAAGGCGACCAAAUAUGUGGAGCUGGUGAUCGUGGCGGACAACCGAGAGUUUCAGAGGCAAGGAAAAGAUCUGGAAAAAGUUAAGCAGCGAUUAAUAGAGAUUGCUAAUCACGUUGACAAGUUUUACAGACCACUGAACAUUCGGGUCGUGUUGGUAGGCGUGGAAGUGUGGAAUGACAUCGACAAAUGCUCUAUAAGUCAGGACCCGUUCACCAGCCUCCAUGAAUUUCUGGACUGGAGGAAAAUGAAGCUUCUACCUCGCAAAUCCCAUGACAACGCGCAGCUUGUCAGUGGGGUUUAUUUCCAAGGGACCAUCAUCGGCAUGGCCCCAAUCAUGAGCAUGUGCACGGCGGAACAGUCUGGGGGAAUUGUCAUGGACCAUUCAGACAGCCCCCUUGGUGCAGCCGUGACCCUUGCACAUGAGCUGGGCCACAAUUUCGGGAUGAAUCAUGAUACACUGGAGAGGGGCUGUAGCUGUCAAAUGGCGGCUGAGAAAGGAGGCUGCAUCAUGAACCCUUCCACCGGGUACCCAUUUCCCAUGGUGUUCAGCAGUUGCAGCAGGAAGGACUUGGAGACCAGCCUGGAGAAAGGAAUGGGAAUGUGCCUCUUUAACCUGCCGGAAGUCAGGGAGUCUUUCGGGGGCCGGAAGUGCGGGAACGGAUUUGUGGAAGAAGGAGAGCAGUGUGACUGCGGGGAGCCGGAGGAAUGUAUGAAUCGCUGCUGCAAUGCCACCACCUGUACCCUGAAGCCAGACGCUGUGUGCGCACAUGGGCUGUGCUGUGAAGACUGCCAGCUGAAGCCUGCAGGAACGGCAUGCAGGGACUCCAGCAACUCCUGUGACCUCCCGGAGUUCUGCACAGGGGCCAGCCCUCACUGCCCAGCCAAUGUGUACCUGCACGACGGGCACCCAUGUCAGGGUGUGGAUGGCUACUGCUACAAUGGCAUCUGCCAGACUCAUGAGCAGCAGUGUGUCACGCUCUGGGGACCAGGUGCUAAACCUGCCCCUGGGAUCUGCUUUGAGAGAGUCAAUUCUGCAGGUGAUCCUUAUGGCAACUGUGGCAAAGUCUCAAAGAGUUCCUUUGCCAAAUGCGAGAUGAGAGAUGCUAAAUGUGGAAAAAUCCAGUGUCAAGGAGGUGCCAGCCGGCCAGUCAUUGGUACCAAUGCUGUUUCCAUAGAAACAAACAUCCCCCUGCGGGAAGGAGGCCGGAUUCUGUGCCGGGGGACCCACGUGUACUUGGGCGAUGACAUGCCGGACCCUGGGCUUGUGCUUGCAGGCACAAAGUGUGCAGAUGGAAAAAUCUGCCUGAAUCGUCGAUGUCAAAACAUUAGUGUCUUUGGGGUUCAUGAGUGUACAGUGCAGUGCCACGGCAGGGGGGUGUGCAACAACAGGAAGAACUGCCACUGUGAGGCCCACUGGGCACCUCCCUUCUGUGACAAGUUUGGCUUUGGAGGAAGCACAGACAGCGGCCCCAUCCGGCAAGCAGAUAACCAAGGUUUAACCGUAGGAAUUCUGGUGACCAUCCUGUGUCUUCUUGCUGCUGGAUUUGUGGUUUAUCUCAAAAGGAAGACCUUGAUACGAAUGUUGUUUACAAAUAAGACCACCAUUGAAAAACUAAGGUGUGUGCGCCCUUCCCGGCCACCCCGUGGCUCCCAACCCUGUCAGGCUCACCUCAGCCACCUCGGAAAAGGCCUGAUGAGGAAGCCUCUAGAUUCCUACCCACCGAAGGAAAAUCCCAGGAGAUUGCCACAGUGUCCGAAUGUUGACAUCAGCAGACCCCUCAACGGCCUGAAUGUCCCUCAGCCCCAGUCAACUCAGCGAGUGCUUCCUCCCCUCCACCGGGCUCCGCGUGCACCCAGCGUCCCUGCCAGACCCCUGCCAGUCAACCCUGCAUUUAGGCAGGCCCAGGGGUCCUGUAAGCCAAACCCCCCUCAGAAGCCUCUGCCUGCAGAUCCUCUGGCCAGAACUCGGCUCACCCAUGCCUUGGCCAGGACCCCAGGACAGCGGGAGACUGGGCUCCGCCUGGCACCCCUCAGACCUGCUCCACAAUAUCCACACCAAGUGCCCAGAUCCACCCACACCGCCUACAUGAAGUGAGAAGCCAACACCUUUUUUCAACAGUGAAGACAGAAGUUUGCACUAUCUUUCAGCUCCAGUUGGAGUUUUUUUGUACCAACUUUUAGGAUUUUUUUAAUGUUUAAAACAUCAUUACUAUAAGAACUUUGAGCUACUGCCGUCAGUGCUAUGCUGUGCUAUGGUGCUCUGUCUACUUGCUCAGGUACUUGUAAAUUAUUAAUUUAUGCAGAAUGUUGACUACAGUGCAGUGCGCUGUGGUAGGCAUUUUUACCAUCACUGAGUUUUCCAUGGCGGAAGGCUUGUUGUGCUUUUAGUAUUUUAGUGAACUUGAAAUAUCCUGCUUGAUGGGAUUCUGGACAGGAUGUGUUUGCUUUCUGAUCAAGGCCUUAUUGGAAAGCAGUCCCCCACCUACCCCCAGCUGUGCUUAUGGUACCAGAUGCAGCUCAAGAGACCCCAAGUGGAACCUCAGUUGAUGUUCUAGAUUCCCUAUCUCAGGCCAGAGCCAAGGGGCUUCAGGUCCAGGCUGUGUCUGGCUUUCAGGGAGGCCCUGUGCCCCUUGACAACUGGCAGGCAAGCUCCCAGGGACAGCUCUGGGACAGCAGGUAGAAAUCUGGCUUCUGGCCAGUAAGUUUUGGAGAGAAACCUGGGUUGCAGACAGGAAUUUUAAGGUAUAGCCACACAAGGAUAGAGACUGGAACACUAGACAGGCUGGAACUUGACCCUGAGUUGGCCAGCCGUGAGCAUGUUUGGCUCAAGGCUGUGCUUGAUAGAAAUGCCAAGCACUUCUUUUUCUGGCUGUCCUUUCUAGAGCACUGCCACCAGUAGGUUAUUUAGACUGGGAAAGGUGGUGUUUCUACAAGAAACCUACUGCCCAGGCACUGCAAACCACCACCUCCCUGUACUGCUUGGAGCCGAGCACAUCACCACAAACUGUAACACAACGAUCAUAUAUUCAGACAGAUGAGGCUUUCCAUGGGACCACAACUAUUUUCAGAUGUGAACCAUUCACCAGAUCUAGUCAAUCAAGUCUGUCAAUUUAAAAAUCUCCUUUUACUGCAAAGUUCAACUUAUUGAAAAUUAGGCAGACUCUUUAUGCUUGCAAAAACUGCAACCAAAUGGAAUGUGAUAUUCAUGGGUAUAGCUCACGUCUGCUAUCAUUAUUCGUAGAUAUUGGACAAACAGCCUUCUCUAUGGGGCAUCCUCUUUUUCCAACUUGGCUGCAGGAAUCUUUAAAAGAUGCUUUUAACAGAGUCUGAACCUAUUUCUUAAACACUUGUAACCUACCUGUUGAGCAUCACAGAACGUGAUAAAGAAAUCAACCUGCUUAUCAACUUCCUAAAUAUGUGUGAAUGCUGGCUUGGGCAGCAUCCCCUUGAACUUUUCACUCUUCAAAUGCCUGACUAGGGAGCCAUGUUUCACAAGGUCUUUAAGAUGACUAAUGGCAUGAGAAAUACAAAAAUACUCAGAUAAAGUAAAAUGUCAUGAUGCCUCUCACUUCUGGAGUGAGAAGUGUCUUCUGGAGGGGUCAUGUAUGACUGGUUUUCACAUUAGAAGACAAUUGACAACAGUUACGUAAUUCACUCUGAGUGUAUUAUGAGAAGGGCUUCUUUUGGGGGUCAACAGUUUUCCUAUGCCUUGAAACAGAAAGAAAAAUAUGUACCAAGAAUCUUGGUUUGCCUUCCAGAAAACAAAACUGCAUCUCACUUUCCUGGUGUUCCCCACUGUAUCUAGGCAACAUAGUAUUCAUGACUAUGGGAUAAACUAAGUAAACAUGUGACACAGACACACACAAAAGGGAACCUAGCUCUAAUACAUUCCAACUCUUAUAGCAUGCAUCUGUUUAUUCUAUAGUUAAGUUCUUAAAAAUGUAAAGCCAUGCUGGAAAAUAAUACUGCUGAGAUACAUACAGAAUUACUGUAACUGAUAUUACACUUGGUAAUUGUACUAAGGCCAAACAUAUAUAUAUAUAUAUACACACACUAUUAAAAAGGUUUACAGAAUUUUAUGGUGCAUUAUGGGGGCAUUGUCUUUUUAGAUGCCCAAAUCCUUAGAUCUGGCAUGUUAGCCCUUCCUCCUAUUAUAAGAGGAUAUGAAUUGAGUUUUUCUUUUGUUGUUUGUUCUUAGCUGUUAUUCCUAUGCUUCUAUUUCAGAGAGCCAGGAAGAGUUUGAUAUUAAAGGAGGUUAAAACUGUGAUCUUAGGCCAUGUCAUCAAUGGCCACUUAGGGGCCGUGGCUGAUGACACAUUCUUAUCUCUACAGUACUAAUUUGUUUUUAUAGAGCCAUGCAUUUUAUUUCUGAAUAAGAACAUAUUUAAACUAAUAUUCCCUUACAAUACAGACAGUAUUAAUCCUUCCAAGAUGCAAUAUUUAUCAAGUGAAGUAUAUUUAACAGCAAAUUCGUAACUUAGGAAACGAACCAAUAACCAGGGUGUUUUGUGGUGGGGGGAGGCAGGGGGUGGAGUACUCCUUUUUAUAUCCUCAAAACAACAAAAAAUUAAUACUUAUGUAUUUCACUGGCAAUCUAGUGUUUUUUUAAAGAUUGUAUAGGCAUGAAUAAUAGAGGCGGUUUGAGUUUUGUAAGGCCAUCACCUGGAAAGUCAAUGCGACUAGACACAAAGUAGCCCAGAGGCCACUUUUCUUCCUACAUCUUCUUACAGUUGUAGGUUCUAUGACCUCAAUUCAUAGGUUCCAGGCAAUUCCACUGAAAGGUUUGUCUCCUGAAAUUUUUUAAGUUUGUUUUCCUGACAAAUGUAAUCAGAUGUGUAGCAACCGAGGGAAACGAAGCCUAACAUUCUCCAUUGUGGAAAUACACACAGGAGGUUACACUUCCCAGGGUAGAUUUUUCCAGCUUACACAUGUGGGAUGACAUCACAGAAACCACAAAAGCAGCAAAUUAAACUGUAGGAGAGUGAGUACUCCUGACGAGUCUCGGGGGGGACAUUUCUAUGCCUUCUUAACUUUAUGAGAAUUCUCAGGCUGAACUAUAGGCCAUUGUUCCCUGGCAAAUCAAUACAUCAAUGCAUCCUCAAAAAAAAAAAAAAAAAAAAAAAAAAACCCUGCUAACACUGUAUCAGAAUGUUCUUAGGAGCCUAUGGUCUCCACGGUGCUAUAAAGAGCCUGGUGCUGGGCCGACUGGUAGGGCUGAGUGUCCUCCUGCCCCUUUGCCACUGAUGUUUACUAAGCACUCUGAGCCAAUGAGACCCCCAGCAGCAGAAAGGGUACAAGGCAGUGACAGGGCAGCAGGGCCAGAUCUUUCUCAUGCACCCUGACCUCUUGCAGACUUUCCUCGUGAGGCGUACUCAUUUCAAAACUGCUAUAUGCAGGGCUCCCCUACGUAUCACUCAGGCUGAGAGAUCCUUCCUCACUGCCCAUGGCACACUCAGGCUGGAGAUCCUUCCUCACUGCGCUCAAGAUGGCCCCAGCCAGACACCAGUUACCCAGCUCAAAGUCAUAAACCCUCCCAGAAGUCUCCCAACACUAGUGCUGACCAGAGGUGGGGCUCUCAGGCUAGGAGUUUCACACACGAUGACUGGCUGCUGGGGGACACUGCAGGACCCCUUUCCUCCUCCUCUCCCAUGCUAGAAGCCAGCCCUAGGCAGCUGCAGUUACUCCCUGUGACUCAGCAGCAGGCUGAUUCAACACAGCUGCCCACAGGAAGCCAGUGGCCAAUACAUCUGUUUACCUUUCCCUAUCACCCAGACACAAGCCCCUUUCCCGGGUCAAACCCCAGGCCAAUGCAUCUCCAGUUUGUGACAGUCAAAUUGCUAUUUCCGUUGCCACUUUAGAUCAGCCAAAGUGGUGACUGCUGCAGUGUGUGGCUGUCCCUACAAGGCCCACCCAAGGGAUGCCCAAAGCCCAACCUUCUCCAGGGCCACAGCCCAGAGCAACCCCACCAGCCUGAGUCCAGCAGAGGACCUCCCACCCAAUGUCUUGUUCUAAUUAGAAGGGGAAGUUAGCCAUAGAAAAUCAACUUAUAAUUACAAAAUUCUCUUAACUCACCUUAAAGUUCCUAUUGACAUCUAUUGCUUUUAAACCUAUUUCAAAACUCUGAUACUAAAAUGAAUGGCACUCUAAGAAAGUUUGGGAGCCUCAUGCUGAGAACCAUUUCUGUGCAGUGAAGAUGUUUCCAGAAGCUACUUACCUACAUGUGAAUGUGCCAUUUUCUUUCCUUUUGUAGAGAAAAUCCCCUUCACUUUUUGGAACAGUAAUGACAGCUUCUAGUACAGCCAUUUACAGUUUCAUAUGAGAAAAAUUGAAAAGAAUAACUAUAAAAUUGUUAAAAUAUCCAACAAUGGAUAAUGAUGGCCAGAAGAUUUAACACAAAGUAAUUCUCAAUGUAAAGCUAUUCAGCUCUUCCAGGUUGAAUGCCCUGGAACCCAUCCUGACCUUCCACAUCGUCUUCAAAAAGCAGUUUCUCUGUUUCCCGUGAUUCUCCUAUAAGGUAACUCUCUAGUCCUCCAUUUAGCACAUAUUAAAUCCUCCAAAGAAUAAGUACCAUGUGAUUAUUUUAGUUUUACAAAAAAAGUUGAAUGGCAUUUUAUUUUCAUGGCCUAUAAGCAGGUCCAUUAGUAGGGCAGUGAUAGGAAAAACAAAUUAGACCAAAAAAAAAAAAAAAAAAUCCUCUACAAAUCCAAGGCAGGAAAAG